CGUUUGUGCGAAUAUUAAUCACCCUUAUGUAAUCAUAGGUGAUUUCCACACUAUUCUUCACGUGUGGGAAAAGGAUGGGGGCCGGGCUUGGAAUGGUGCCCAAGCCAUUAGCCUUCGGGAUUUUGUUCAUGAUCUGGGACUCCAUGACCCGAGUUUUCAAGGGGAGCAGUUCACUUGGACAAACAAACGUAUGGUGCGGCAUGUAUUCGGGAACGUCUGGAUAGGGCUCUUUGCUCCCAAUCCUGGAUUGAUGCUUAUCCAGUGACGCUAGCCAAGCAUUUUAUGGACCAGGGGUCGGAUCAUCGGGCACUGCUGCUCGCAGAUAAGCCGUUUGCUCGGAAUAGUCGACCUUUAUUCCGUUUUGAUGCCCGAUGGGCGGAUAACCCUGAAGUGAGGGCUAUGGUCCAGUAUGUCUGGCAGGAGGAGAUCCAGGGUACCCCUAUGUUUCGACUUUGGGAGCGCCUAAAGAAACUCCGUCACCUGCUUUAUGAUUGGAGCAGGGCGGGUACAACCAGUUCUCUGCGCAAUAUUAAGACACUCCAGGAUGAGGUUGAUAGGAUAAAGUCGAUCCAUCCGGUGGAUUGGGAUGAGGUCAGAGUCCUGGAAACGGAGCUCUCCCGCCAAUGGGAAGCUGAGGAAGUUUUCUGGCAGCAUAAAUCAAGGGUUAAAUGGUUAAAAAAGGAGACCAGAAUUCGGCCUAUUUUCAUACGGUCACGAGGGCUCGCGGUGGAAGAGGAACUUUGUUACCGGGCUUCGAAAUGAGGAGGGUGAAUGGGUCACUGAGGAAUCCGGGAAGGCUACUAUUGCCACCAAUUUUUACCAGACCCUGUUCACUUCGGAAUCUCAGGUUCCUAAUAUGGCUAAGAGGGUGGCGAAUCUGCCGAUUGCCCAUAGCGUUACUCCGCAAAUGAAUGCGCAUUUGACGACGGAGGUUUUACCGAGGGAGGUUCGGAAUACGGUUUUCUCAAUGGGAUCGAAGCAGGCUCCAGGGUCAAAUGGUUUCCCUGGGAAGAUUUUUAAAGCUUUCUGGGAUAUUGUGGGCACUUCGGUGGUUGACGUAGUAAUCUCCUUCUUCACUUCGAGUCGGAUGCUGCGGAGUUUUAACCAUACCUGGCUCACUUUGAUCCCUAAAGUGGACUCGGUGGAAACAAUUAGGAAAUUGCGUCCGAUUAGUCUCUGUCAGUUUAUUUACAAGGUGAUUACCAAAAUCAUGGCCGAGCGGUUGGCUAGCUUGCUCCCUCAGAUUGUUUCGGAGGGGCAAAAUGGGUUUAUCAGAGACCGGUAGAUUAUUGAUAACAUCCUUAUAAGACAUGAAUUAAUGCACUAUCUGAAGAUCAAAAAGCAAGGUAAGAAAGGGUACAUGGCUCUGAAGGUUGGCAUGGAAAAGGCCUAUGAUAGAGUCGAAUGGCCCUUCCUGCUUGCAGUUUUGGAUAAGAUGGGCUUUAAUCCGGUCUGGCAGGGAUGGAUUCACGAAUGUCUUCGCUCCCCUCUUUUUCGAUGCUGAUGAAUGGUACGCCCUCUGGUUAUUUUACUGUCUCUAGGGGCCUUUGCCAAGGGGACCCGCUCUCUCCUCUCUUAUUUGUGCUUUGCACGGAGGGUUUUGCGGCCCUUCUUCGAAAGGCGAUCACGGAGAAAAAAUUAGAGGGGGUGAAAGUAGCUCCCCGGGCCCCACGAGUCUCGCACCUGUUCUUCGCGGAUGAUUCUUACUUAUUCUUGCGAGGGUCUCUUCAAGAGUGUGAGAAUUUAAUUGAGGUGCUGAAUGAGUAUGAGGAAUUGAGUGGCCAACGAGUUAAUUUAGCGAAAUCGGCGUUGUGUUUUAGCAAGAAUAUUUCCACGCCUGAUCAGGAUUUCUUUGCCACGAUCCUGGGGGUUGGUGCUGUGGGGGUCCAUGACAAAUAUCUGGGGCUUCCCUCGCUGGUCGCUUGAUCCAAAAUGGAUACGUUCGGAUAUUUGGAGGAUAAACUUUUAGAGAGACUGCAGGGCUGGAAGCAAAUGACAUUAUCGUGGGCUGCGAAGGAAACUUUGAUAAAAUCCAUAGCGUUGGCCCUGUCCCUGCAUGUUAUGUCCUGUUUUCGUGUUCCCCUAACUCUUUGUCGGCUUCUUGAUAGACAUGUGGCCCGUUUUUGGUGGGGUGCUGAGGAGAGCAGCCAUAAGAUUAGAUGGGUGUCCUGGCGAAACAUGUGCAGGAGUAAGCACGAGGGAGGGAUGGGAUUUCGCUAGUUUGAAAACUUCAAUCAAGCUCUUCUGGCUAA